AUGAUCAUCCCGCCCAUUGCCUUCGCUGUCCUCAGUGGAAUCAACGCUCUCUUCUCCUUUAACCUCUCCGCAGGACCCGAGGCUUUGAUACCACGUCUUCCGACUCAUAGGCCAGUCAACCAUACCACGGGAGUGUCUCAGGCCGUGUACGACGACCUCGUCCGCUACACAAAGUAUGCGUCUGGGGCAUACCAGCUUAUAUGCCCGCACCCUCUUGGCAAUGAACUCGUCGUUGAGUUUAAGGAGCUCAUCAGCAGUACCAAGGGAUAUGUCGCUCGAGACGACGAUCGGAGAGAGCUGGUUGUGGUCUUUAGAGGGAGUCGUGACUUGAACCAUAUCCUUGUUGACACCGAGGCUGUGCUUACUCCCCUAUCAGUCCCUGGACUCAGCGACAUCGCUGGAGCCGAAGUACACUCCGGCUUCCAGUUCGCGUUCAACUCCGUCGCGGAAAUAGUCCUUGACGCUGUCAAAGACGAGCUUAAAGAACACUCGGGCUAUGAGUUAGUCGUCACUGGGCAUUCUCUGGGUGCCGCUAUCGCUUCCAUUGCCGCCGUAUCACUCAAGUCCAGCUUCCCUCGUACGAAUGUUAGGCUCUUCACGUUCGGGCAGCCUCGAACAGGUAACGCAGCUUAUGCAGACAUUGUCGAGGUUUUACUAGCGGAGAGUUCUAUCUACCGAGCAACGCAUUCGUGGGACGGUGUACCUACGAUGAUACCUGUCGAGUUUGGGUACAGACAUCACGCAACCGAGUACUGGCAUUUUGAAGAUCCAGCUGAACCAGAGCACGUGCGCAUGUGCGAAGGCGAAGAAGACCCAGAGUGUAGUGCUUCUAUUCCAUCAUCUGGGAUCAACUGGGCACAUAUGCGAUAUUUCGGGCAAACAAUUGCCUCUAAUCCUUCGGUGUGUUGGUGAUCAUGGGAAGGCGCAGAUAAUGUUAGCGAUACGAUACAGUAAUAUCCAUAAUAUUGACGUUCAGCACCUAUUUCCUUGUCUUUACCGUAUGUAUAAUUG